UUCAAAUAAUCGGGCGCACACAGUGUGAAUCACCGGGAAAUCCCUUACAAAGUUCUAAGUCCACAAAGAGAAGUGCAAUAGUCAACUUAAUUCAGACUGCAUUUGUAAGCAGAGAGUACUCGAAGAAGGAAAUAACAGCAAAUCUCUCGGCACGAUCAAAAUGAAAGCCAAAACGGUUAAAGGAAAUUGGAGCUGGAGGACGAAGAAGUUCGAGUUACCUUUUAUUUUUCUCUUAUGCAUCUUUUUCUUUCUCGCUGGAUUCUUCGGUUCCAAUUUAAUCGAUCAUCACUCUCAGGAAGAUGAAUUUGACACGAGGCUGAUGCAGAGACCGAGAGCGAGAUUGCUGGAAAAAACGAAGAAGGAGGAAACGGAGCAGCGUUUGUUGCAUGCUGGAGAAUCCGGUGACAAUUUUAUUACAUCGAUUCCUUAUCAGGUUUUGAGUUGGAAACCUCGCACUCUAUAUUUUCCAAAUUUUGCAAGUGCAAAACAAUGUGAAAGCAUAAUUGAGAUGGCAAAGGGAGGACUUUCACCAUCAAUGGUGUUCUUACGUAAAGGAGAAACGUUGGAGAGUAUAAAAGGAGUCAGAUCAAGCUCUGGCACGUUUAUGAGCGCUUCUGAAGACGAAACGGGUAUUUUAGAUGCCAUUGAGGAAAAAAUUUCCAAAGCAACAAAAAUUCCCAGGAAUCAUGGAGAGGACUUUAACAUUCUCCGCUAUAAAGUCGGACAAAAAUAUAAUUCUCACUAUGACGCAUUCAACAGUGCUCUACAUGUCCAGCAAGGGAGCCAGAGAAUUGCUUCAUUUUUGCUGUAUUUAACAGAUGUUCCGGAAGGUGGAGAGACCGUGUUUCCGUCUGAGAAUGGGUUGAACAUGGACGGUAGUUCUCGUUAUACCGAUUGUAUUGGUUUAAGAGUAAAGCCGCGCAAGGGAGACGGACUUCUAUUUUAUUCGGUGUUCCCUAAUGGAACAAUUGAUCCGACAUCAUUCCACGGGAGCUGCCCAGUAAUCAAAGGGGAGAAGUGGGUAGCUACAAAGUGGUUAAGGGAUGAAAAAUUGGAGAAUUAUUAUUAUGUGAACGUUACCAGCAAUUGAGAUUCUAAGGUUUACAGAGAUUAGUAUUUAUGAUUUCUGUCGUACAGAAAAUCUUCAUAGUGAGACUAAUAAUCAAGUCUAAAAUCUAAUUAGGUGCUGGAAUUCUAAAGCAGGAUUGUGUAUUGAUAUUCAUGCGGCAUGCAUAUUACUUCCUAAUGUGAUGACUAA